UUAUUCCCUCAAGAUUAGAUAUGUAGAAGAGGAAAAAUAUUAAAUUUUUUAUUAAGAUGAGGAAGUUAUUGUUUGACUUGAUUAAAAAAUCAGAAAGCAGACUGUUUGGAAAAUAUCUUCUAAUAACAAAUACAGUUUCCUCAGGAUUUUUAAUGUUUAUUGGAGAAGCUGCAGCCCAAAGAAUAAAUAAUUAUUACUCCAAAGAGAAUAACGGAGAAUUCAAGUAUGACAAUGAAAAACUCAAACAAUUGACGGUAGUAGGAUUAUCACAAGGUCCAUUACAUCACUACACAUAUCUCUGGAUGGAGAGAUUAUUGCCAGGCAAUGCCAAGAAAACUGUUUUUAAGAAGAUACUUGCUGAUCAGUUUAUUGUCAGUCCUGUGUUCAUCGUACAUUAUUUCUAUACAGCGUUUUUCCUUGCUGGAAGCUCUUUCAAAGACACUGUAGACAUUCUCAGGAAGAAAUUUUUGACAAUUUAUUUAGCAGAUUGGAUGGUUUGGCCACCGACUCAACUCAUAAAUUUCUUUUUCGUUCCAUUAAAAUAUCGUGUGUUGUACAUAAAUAUGAUAACAACAUUCUAUAAUGUUUUUCUGUGUUAUGUAAAAAAUAAGCAUGAACCUGAAAUUGAAAAUGGACGAGAGGAGCGAAGUUGA